AUGAAUGCAAUUAAGUAUUUGGUUAAUCAAAGCAUGCAAUCUUAUUUUUAUAUGAGUUAAAUUAGAUGUUAUUUUAAUGAAUUUAAUGAUUAUGUCAUUAUUGGUUGUUUAUCACAAGUAAAUAAGGCAUCUGAUUAUUUAAAUUUUGGUGAAAAUGGGUUUGAAUAAUUAAAAAAAAUAAAAUUUUUGUAUUUUCAGAUUGAAUUAUCAAUAUCGAAUAUGGCAUUCAUGAGAAUUUGA